UUUGUCUAUUGUUGAUUACUUCAACCAAAUUCAAGUAUUAUGAAUGAUAUGCAAAGAAGAGUUAACAGAUUCAUAGAUUGUUAACAAGGUGUAUUAAAAGUUUAAUAGAAAAACAGAGUGGCUGGUAUGUGAAAGUGUUAAUAACCGGUGUAGGUGGUGAGUAUCUGUCAGACGAGUUACAAAAUUUGGGAGACAGAAGAUAUUGUGCAUGAAGUAACAUCACCUUACACUUCACAACAUAAUUCUACUGCUGAGAGAAAGAACAUGGUGAAGAGCAUGCUCAAGAGUAAGAAAGUUCCUACUUAUUUGUGGGGUUAAACAGCCUGCCCUGCUGCUUACAAUCUAAAUCGAAGUCCAACCAAAAGAUUGAGUGGUAAGACCCCCAAAAGAGACAUGGGCUGGUAUCAAACCAGAUGCGACUCACUUUAGGGUUUUUGGCUUUAUAUGUUUCUGACACGUGCCUGGUCAAUUGAGAAGAAAGCUAGGUGAUAAGGGAGAGCAGAUGGUUCUUGUUGGAUAUUGUUCUACUGGUGGUUACAGAUUCGCUAACCCAAGAAAUGAGCCAGUUGUAAUAGAGAUGUUGUGAUUCAUGAAUUUAAGCUGUGAUUGGAACACAGAAGCUGAGAAAGAAUCAUGGGAUGCUAAUAGAUCUUAAAAGUCCUAAUGAACAUGAAACUGACACAGCUACUGGAUUGAGGAGAUCAACCGGGUCCAGCAUCAGCCAGACAUGACAUGAAAUGAUGCAAGAUUCUGCUGCUGAUUCAGAAGGAGAAUUGGUGCACUAUGCACCGAAUCUUAUUCAAUCAGUUUUGAGAGUAAUGCAAGAGCCUAAAUGGGUCAGUGCAGUGGAAGUAGAAUUGAGUUCUAUUGAAAAGAAUGAAAGAUGGGAGCUUGUCAUUUGCCUCAUGGAAAGAAACCUAUAGUGUUAAAGUGGGUGUGUAAAGUGCAAGUGAAUCCAAGUGAUGAAGUGAUCAAAUAUAAGGCCAGACUUGUAGCCAAAGAUUUCCUACAAAUGCCAGAAGUUGACCAUGGGGCAGUCUUUGAACAUGUUGCAAUAUUAGAAAGAGUGAGAUUUAUGGAUGCUAUAGCAAAUUUAAGAAAGUAGUCUAUGCAUCAAUUAGAUGUGAAGUUGGUUUUCUUAAAUGUACUACUAGACGAGGAAGUGUAUGUGAUUCAACCUCUAGGCUUUGAAAUAUUGGGACAAGAGAAAGUAUACAAAUUGAGGAAGGCUUUUUUAAGCAGGCCCCAAGGGUUUGCAACAAGAGAAUAGGUAAUUUUCUAAGCCAAAUAGGCUUUGUUAAAUGCAUAUCUGAGCAUGGAGUGUAUCUAAAGGUCUUGGAUGUGGUCACUGAUACAGAUUUGUUAAUUGUUUGUCUCUAUGUUGAUGACUUAUUGGUGACAGGUAGCAAUCAAGGGGAGAUUCAAGACAUUUUUUUAGCAAGAGAUGAUUAAAGAGUUUGAAAGGAGUGAUCUGGAUCCUUUGUCUGAUUUCCUUCGCACUGAAUUUAAUGCAACAGAGAAUGGAAAUGGUGGAGUGGGAGCACAAGAGUAAAGUACCUGGAAAGAUGCACGCUUGUGGUCAUGAUGCUCAUGUGGCUAUGCUUCUCGGUGCUGCAAAGAUUCUUAAACAUCAUGAAAAAGAGAUACAAGGAACUGUAGUUCUUGUUUUCCAACCAGCAGAGGAAGGAGGUGGGGGAGCCAAGAGAAUUGUAGAGGCUGGAACCUUAGAAAAUGUUACAGCUAUUUUUGGAUUGCAUGUGUCACGUGACUUCCCAUUAGGUGAAGUGGGCUCUAGGUCUGGUCCAAUGUUGGCAGGAAAUGGUUUUUUUGAAGCUAUAAUAAGGGGAAAAGGAGGUCAUGCAGCCAUUCCUCAACAAUCUAUAGACCCUAUAUUGGCAACUUCUAAUGUUAUAAUUAGCUUACAGAAUCUCGUUUCUCGCGAGGCUGACCCUCUGGAUUCCCAGGUUGUGACUGUAGGAAAAUUCCAAGGAGGUAGUGCAUUCAAUAUCAUUCCAGAUUCCGUCACUAUCGGUGGCACCUUCCGAGCUUUUUCAAAAGAAAGCUUCNAGCAAUUAAGACANCGAAUCGAGCAGGUUGUUAUUGCACAAGCUGCUGUGCAGAGGUGCAAUGCAACAGUGAACUUCCUUCAGGAACAGAAUCCUUUCUUUCCCGUAACCAUAAACGAUGGUGACUUGCAUGAACAUUUUCGGAGUGUUGCAGGGAAUUUGCUUGGCGUGAAUAAAGUAAAUAACAUGCAACCAUUGAUGGGAGCUGAAGACUUUUCAUUCUAUCAAGAGGUCAUACCUGGCUACUUUUUCAUGGUUGGAAUGCAGAAUCCCUCACAUGAAAAACUUGAGCAGGUACACUCACCCUACUUCAAAGUCAAUGAAGAUGUUCUUCCUUAUGGAGCUGCACUUCAUGCCUCAUUAGCUGUUAGUUAUCUUCUGAAACAUCCGCAGGACAUAGCCCCUGCAGAGGGGAAAUAUCGCGAUGAAUUGUAACAAAACUUAACUUUUUGUUGGAAAAAAAAUGACUGUUAGUAGUCACUAAAAUAAUAACAAUAUAUAUUUUGUUUCUUGUAGCAAUGACAUUAUGAACUGGUUUGUAUUUAAAUUUUUAUUAAACCUGGUGUUGAGCUUA